AUGAAAGCAAUUUCUUUAAUAUUUAUAUCAUUAGCUGUAAUUGCUACAGUAAACGCUACUUGUGCUGAUGCAAAUGCUACUGCUGGUUAAGGAGGUACUUGUUUCUGUAAUGCUGGUUAUUAUGGUACUUCUACUGAUGUUUCUUCAGGUGGAUCAUGCAAAAAAUGCCCAACUGGAGCUACUUCUCCUGCUUCCACUACCUCAGGGACUCUUAAGAGCUCUUGCACUUGCAUCGAUACUAACGCUAUUCCCGAUAUUACUUACACUCUCUGCUUAUGUAAUGAUAACUACUACGGUACACCUACCAGUUCUGGUGCUAGUGGAUGUACUCCAUGCCCAACUGGAUCAAAAUCCUUUGCUGGUUCAACUACUGUUACUUAAUGUCUUUGUGGUGACUUUAAUUCUGUCAUCAAUGAUGCCAAAACUGCCUGCUAAUGUAAGGCUAACUACUAUGGUACACCUACUUCUUCUGGUCCCAGUGGAUGUACUAAAUGCCCUACUGAUACAACCUCUACCAUAGGUACAACUGCUCUAUCUUCUUGCGCUUGCCCAGACACUAACGCUUCCCUCAACACUGCUAAUCCUCCUGUUUGCUAAUGUAAAGCUAACUUCUAUGGUUCUCCUACUAGUUCUGGUGCUAGUGGAUGUACUGCAUGCCCUAAUGGAUAAAUUGCUCCAGCUGGUUCUUCUACUAAUGUUUGCAAAGUUGCUUCAACAUCUUCCACAUAUAUUUUACCCAUAGUUUCUUUACUUUUCUCUUUAGUUAUGCUUAUUUGA